CGUCGUCCACCCUGUUGAAGCCUGCUCCAAUCCGAUCCGAUCCGAUCUAAUUCGACGGCAGGUGCGUGGAGCAAGGGCGCGCGGGACGGGAGACAGUGAAUCAAUCAUGCCGAGGAGUCCGCAGCUGAGCCUGAGCGGCUGCAGCUCGCUCUUCUCUCUGUCCAGCACCAGCACGAGCCGCGACAACGACAGCGCUGCCGCGGAGCCCGUGCCGCCGCCGCCGCCGUCUCUUCACCCGCUGCCCCCAGGCCGCCCUCUUCUGUCGCUGAGCGUCGGCGGCGGUGGGGAGGAGGAGCAGGAGGAUGAGGAGGAGUACCUGCUGGGUGGCCUGGAUCUGCAGCUGACUGGGGCCGGCGGCAGCAACAGCAGCGGCUGCUGCGAUGGCGACGACGAGCGCAAGAACAUCCGGAUGAUGAAGAACAGGGAGUCCGCGCUCCGCUCCAGGGCGAGGAAGAGGGCGUAUGUGCAAGAGCUGGAGAAAGAGGUUCGUCGCCUGGUGAAUGAGAACCUCAAGCUCAAGAGGCAGUGCAAACAACUCAAAAUGGAAAUGGCUGCACUGAUCCAGCCAAGCAGCAGCAGGAGUAACCCCCACAUCAGAAGAGCCUCCUCCUCCACUCAGCUCUAGCUACAACUCUGUGGUACAAGGAGCGUAAAAAUAAUCAUCCUCUUGCCAAUGCCUCGAUUAUAUCAAUUGCAUCCACUACAGCUUCUGCUGAUCCAGCACCUGCUCACUCCCAAGACCUACCGAGGAAGAAGGCCAAGAAGCAGGAUCCAUGGAUGAGAGGACACGCAAGAAUUACAAGCUAGCUAGACUGCUUCUUCUCUGAUGAUCUGAUCCAUGAAUGUGCAGUGCUUGGGAGUUGAAUGGAAUGAGUUGACACUCGAUCCGUUGAUGGAAUGGAAUGGAGAUUAAUGUUUGCCAUUUGGGUCAUAA